CAAGCUUCUCUCUCGUACAAUUCACGCAUUCAUCAUUCAUGUCGCAUGUGAACAUUCCCAGUGUAUAUACUAUAUACCGUUCUGUAUUUAUAUACGUUGUAUUUACAUACUUUGGUAUUUCGCGUAAAAGAUGGGUGAACCAUCAGGAUUAACCAAUAGUGAAACUCGUGAGCUUUGCAAGCCUCCAGAUCCUGCAACAAAUGGAUAUAUUAUGCAACAAACAAUGUAUCGUAUCAAAGAUCCAAGAAAAUCAUUACCCUUUUAUACCGAAGUGCUUGGUAUGACAUUGCUGCAAAAGCUUGAUUUUCCAGAAAUGAAGUUUUCGUUGUAUUUUCUUGGAUAUGAAAAUCAAAAAGAAAUACCAACUGAUAGAAGAGAAAAUAUUGAGUGGACAUUCAGUAAAAAAGCAACUAUAGAGCUAACUCAUAAUUGGGGAACAGAAACAGAUCCCGAUGCAAAAUAUCACAAUGGAAAUUCAGAUCCUAGAGGAUUUGGUCAUAUUGGAAUAGCGGUACCUGAUGUUGAAAAAGCAUGCGAGAGGUUUGAAAAGUUAAAUGUGGAAUUUGUAAAAAAACCAAAUGAUGGCAAGAUGAAGGGACUUGCUUUCAUUAAAGAUCCUGAUGGUUAUUGGAUUGAAAUCCUGAAUGGUUCAAACAUUGCCAAAACUGUGUUAAGCUAUUAGCAUAUCCUGCAUUCUGAAGCAAUAAACCUUCAAGUGUAACAAAUUGAAUGAGACAUAAUAUUUUAUCAAGUAUCUAUUGGAUCAUUAACUCAAUCAGUACAUAGAUGCAAGCCAAAAUCUAUAUAAGUUAAUGAGAGUGUGAAAUGAUACAUAUUUAUGUAUACUAUAUUUUGUAGCAAUGUACAUUCUCUUAUAUUACAUUAUGUUAUAUAUGUAUAGAAUAUGUAAUGUUUACCAAAUUCUCAAUGAAUAAAAUCAAAAUAUUUAUUUUUCA